AUGAGCCAAGGAAUAUCUCUCUUGGCCUGCCUAGAAGAACAGCGUAAAGCAAAACGAGCUCGGUUCCCUACAGCACGCGUUGAGGGCCCAGACAUUGACGAGGAUUCCAACUCACCUGUCUACGAUGCGUACCUACAAACACAAGGAGCCGAAGGCAUAAUGACACUCACCAACUUCUCGCCGCCAGAGUUUAACCUUCUCUGGGCAGACGUCCGCCAGCACAUCUUCAGGCACUGGAAUGUGGGCUCCGGUCGCAAGUGUGCAGUGUCCGCUCGAGACCUAUUGCUCAUGAUGCUUGCAUCACUCAAACACUGCGGUACCUGGGAUAUCGUUGCUCAAAAAUUUCGCACAACUGUGGUAACAUUCGAAAAGCGCGUCAUGAGCUUCAUAGAGGUCAUGCAUCCCUACCUUCUGCGCAAGUAUGUUCAUGGAAUGGCAUCCAAGUGGUCGAUGCAUGAGCUUGCCGCCAACGGAACAAGGUUCGAGCACUACCCAUAUGCACGCUACGCCACCGAUGUUACUUUCCAGCAGACAAACGUACAUGUCGGUUCGUAUGCCGAAAAGAAGCUGUACUACAGCGGCAAGCAUCAUCUCUACGGGCACAAAGUUGAGGUGUCAGUCCUUCCAAAUGGCUUGGCGAUCAAUUGCACGUCGUACCACAAGGAAAGUGUCUCGGACAAGGCGAUCUUUGACGACAAUCUCGACUUUCACCGCACCAACCUCACCAAGCACCCAAGCGAAAUGGAGAUGACGGACACUGGCGGUCGUGUCGAGCAAUGGGCAGUGCUGGUGGACAAAGGCUACCAAGGAAUUCAGCAUGAAGUUCGAGCUGUGCUGCCAACAAAGAAGCCAUCGGGUGGUUUUCUCACCUUUGACCAACAGUGCACCAACGACCGCAUUGCGGCCGACCGCGUCAUCGUGGAGAACUACUUUGGUCGACUGAAGACUCUUUGGGCCGUCUGUGGUGAUGCCUACCGAUGGAAUCGUAAGAACUACGACGUUCUCUUUCAGACCUGCGUGGCAAUCACUAAUGUGCACAUUCGAUUCAAUCCGCUUCGCGCUGAGGAUGGCGAUGCGAAUAUCCAGUACGUGAAUCGCCUGAACGCGAUUGGUUUGAAGAAGAUCAAGGAUAAGAAGAAGGCGCAACAAAAGUACCGCGAGAAGCGCAAGACAAGGUUGACUUUGUUACUUGCGUCGGAGUCGGCUAUCAGUGGGAAUGAAUGUGACAGCGAAACGGAAAUUGGAUCUGACAGCGAGAAUGAUGGUGGCACAUCCCAACUAUUCUAA